UGGACACUUCAUGGAAUACUUAUGAAGGUUAUGUUUUUAUCAAUAGAUGGAGAUGGAUGAAACAGUUUUUAUAGUACCUCUAUGGUCUGUGCAUUUGGUAGGUUUGUGUUAUUUACGUUCAUAUAAGGAAGAACCUGAGUUGCGUAUCUUUACAGGUAGUUUACUAAGGUCACUAUAAUAAUAUCCCAACAUACUAAUUUUUAGCCCAUACAUAUACAUCAAUGUGGCCAUACUUUCAUCAGAACCAUCAGAACGAUAAGCGUUUUCAUUGACAAAUGCGCGAGAAGGAAGCGCACGGUAUCAAUUGUCGAAAUGUAUUCGGUUUGCCACAACGGUAACGACACUAAAUGAUUUGUGAGUGAAAUUAUACCGAAUGUAUGUACGAAAGACAUGUGCGUGAUUCAGAAGUGACAGAAGAUAUAUAUGGAGGAAUACAAUCCUCUUCAGACGUGAUCCACAAUUGAAAAUUGUAUCAGUAUGCACCGCACAUCAGGCCGCAAUAGCUAUGAUGGGAAGAUUGCAGGUCUCUAUGACUUGGAGGAAACACUGGGGCGUGGACACUUUGCUGUUGUGAAACUCGCUCGCCAUGUCUUCACUGGGGAGAAGGUUGCUGUCAAAGUCAUUGAUAAGAGUAAGCUAGAUGAGGUCUCCAGGGCACAUCUCUUCCAGGAGGUGAGGUGCAUGAAACUAGUCCAGCAUCCGAAUGUUGUGCGUUUGUACGAGGUUAUUGACACCCAGACAAAACUUUACCUCAUCUUGGAACUUGGUGAUGGUGGAGAUCUCUAUGACUACAUCAUGCGACAUGAGGGGGGUCUUGGGGAAGAAGUGGCACGUGAAUACUUCCGUCAGAUUGUCCGCGCAAUUUCGUACUGCCAUCGGCUUCACGUAGUGCACCGUGACCUGAAACCAGAGAAUGUAGUAUUCUUUGAACGCCUUGGCAUGGUAAAACUCACAGAUUUUGGGUUUAGUAACCGUUUCAACCCUGGCCAGAAGCUGGAGACAUCUUGUGGUUCUCUGGCAUAUUCAGCUCCUGAAAUACUGUUAGGGGACUCAUAUGAUGCACCUGCUGUUGAUGUAUGGUCCUUGGGGGUAAUCCUGUACAUGCUGGUCUGUGGACAGGCACCUUUUCAGGAAGCUAAUGACAGUGAAACUCUGACCAUGAUCAUGGACUGCAAGUACACAAUACCUGUCCAUGUAUCAGAUGCAUGCAAAAGACUGAUAGCUCGGAUGCUAAUUCGAGAACCAGAGAGGCGGGCCUCCCUGGAAGAGAUUGCAGCGGACCCUUGGCUGGGAGAAGAUUUGAACACCCAGCCAACAGACUUCCUUCCUCUAGUCUCUCGUGAACAUGUCUCAGAAGAGGAUCAUGCUCUCAUCAUCCAGAAGAUGGUGAAUGGCAAUAUUGCCACCAAGGAGGAGAUUCUUGAUGCACUGGAUAAGAAUGAGUACAAUCACAUCACAUCCACUUAUUUCUUACUGGCUGAAAGAAAGCUGCGACUGCACCGUCAAGAGCAGGCUCAGGCGCAGCAGAGGCUGAGGUCAGGACAGUGUCUACCAGAACUCUCACCAGUGACACCUGGAAAACCAUACACAAAGGCAGACAGUAGACAGCAGCAGGAUUCUCCUUCCACAGUUAACCAGACUUUGCUGAGUGUCAGGACACCAGGGGAUGUUCCUCAGAAUUAUCGGGCACGCAAAUGCAGCAUCGUACAGGAGGAGGAGGACGAAGAUGAUAUGAGCAGCUCAGGUCGUGAGGAGCUUACUGCUCCACACAACUCCCUGAAUCGUCGUGGAUCACGUUCAGAGGGGAAGCUAAAUAUUGCAUUACAGGAGCGACUGGCAGAGUCAGAGCGACGCAAGGAGAAGGCUGCAACCACUUCAUCGGGCCAGAAAGCUCCAUCUCAGGCUAGCAGUGGUUCCCCAGGCAUUCUGAGGGUUGCUGCCAGGGAUGAUACAAGUUCUCCAGCUGUCCCAUCAUGGGCCCCCCCAGCAAAGAAGACCUCCCCUGGCAGCAGCUUAGACAUGAGACCAAAAUCUGCAGCAGAGUCUACAUCAAAGGAAAAUGUUCCAGCAGCUUACAUUCCUGGCAGUAACAAGUGGAAAGUCACUCCAAAGCAGCCUGGUCCAGUUUCACAGCCUCCCUCACUGCCAAGUGUGAGAGUCUCUUGUGUAUCCAGUACAUCCAUCAUCACAGAGUCUUCCACUAUAUCCAUACCUGUCCAUACACUGUCGGCAUCAGGGAUACCGCUCCUUCCCAAAUACAAGACAAUGCCCACUCCAACUCGACCCAUGCAUUCUGUGCUUAGCUCUCCACAAUUAGCAUUAAAUGAAAUCUUUGAAGAAGGUGAUGGUGGUGAAAAUUUAGGGCCACGUCCCAGUUCCCGAGUUGUAGGUCGUCAGCAAGGCCAAGGGAGACCUGGAGGCUAUGAACAGCGCCGUAGCAAAUUUCACAAAACCAGAACAGCUUCAUGCAGCUCGUCAGAUGCAAGUGAUGAUGACAGUGAAAGUCGAAAGAAAAGGGCUCAUAAACUGGGUGAAACUGGGAAGUCCUUGCCACAGCGUAGAGAUUCCCAUGAUGACUCUAGUGACUCGCAAGACCCAGGGGGAAGUGGGGGGACAGGUGGUGGUGGUGGAGGGGGAACACCUGCAGGUGGGACAGAGUGUGGAAGUGGGCCUCCAGCAGGAGCAGGAGCUGACAUAUCUGACAGCUCACGGACGUCUGGGGGGAACAGUAAUGCAGGAAGUGGUGGGAAGCGUCAGUGCAGUGAAGCAUCCCAACAGCCCUCCCUGAGCCGACGUCACAGGACAGGGAGGCGCAGGGCUGGUGAGACAAGAUUGCGUGAAAGUCAGUCCCUGAACAGGAUUACUGAGGUUCAGGAAGCAGAGCAGACUUGUAAUUCAUCUGUUGUGACAUCACGCUCAACUUCUAGUUCUGCCUCCUCUCCCAGAGUGCGUGGGUUUGGUGCAAGGUUUCUGCAGAGCUGGUCUCUGGCAGGAUCCACACCAAAACGAGUGGCAGGUAGUGAGGUUAAGAGUAGCACCCAGCAAUCUGAUGUGGCUUCUGUUUUGAACAGCACAGCAGGACUGCAGGUGGCUCCCAGAUCCCCCAACACCUUGGAAACAAAUUGUUGUGCUGAAGAGAAGGAGAAUUUCUGCCACAUGGGUGUGUCAAAGAAUACUUCUCCCAUGACAGAAAAGCAAAAAAGUGGUGGCAAUAAGAAAGGACGCUUGUUAGGGCGUUACUUUCAAGUACACAAGAAACUCUGUCUCCCAUUGCCAGGAUUAUUCAAUCGUGGACGCUUAUAUAAAGCUCAGUCUUGUGGUUCCAUCGUUCGAGAUCGUGUUGUGCCACCAUCUCCGGCUUCAUUGCUGCUGUGCAGUGAUGACAGAUGGUGUCCUGUAACUUCAGGCAGUAGUACCAAGGGGGCAGGUCCUGAUGAUAAUAGGCACAUGUUUCAGGCACCAGUACAUAUAUAGUUCCAGAAAGUUCUGGGACAAGUGAUGCAUCUGCACUGUGGAAGGGAGAAAAUGAACAGUAACUGCAGGCAGACGUUGGCAGCAUUGUUGGAAGGGAAAGAGAGGAUUAGUCAGAGCAUUCAUGAGAAUAAGGAUUAUUUGAUCUAUCAAACUGACUGGAUGUAUAUAUGAACACCAUUCUAAAAUUGAAUAUAUAUGUCAGUCAUCAGUAAGAAUUGAAACUUGCCGUCAUAAAAAGGUUGUGAUGGCUUGGAAAUAAAUUUUAUGGAUAAAAUCAAUACUUCUCCCUUCCUUCAGCACAGUUUAUUUCUUAUAAUUUAGUACAGGAGCAAAAUUUUACAAAAUGUUUUGUAUGAAAAUUGGAAAUAAAAACUACAGAGUUUAAACCAUUUUAUAUCCCAAGAAAUUACCAGGGUAGUGUUUUGAAAUAGGCCCACAUGUCUCCUAGUUCAUUAUUCACAGUCAUCCUACUCUGUGUUUUGAUGGUACAGAGCCUCAGCAGUUGAAACAACAUUAUAACAUGAUCAGCCACCUUCACCUAGCAGAAUCUGUGGAACUUUACAACAAAUCAUGGCAAGUUCACCCUUCUGUUCCAUUUUGUUUUCCUUUCCAUGAGGAUAAUGAUAGUCUUCUAUCAUAACAACUUUGUCUUGUCUGCAGAGUACUUGUUAAAUUGUACAGUAAGACGGAAGGUUAAGCUAUAUAAAUUUUUCUUUGGUUUUUGUACUUUACUGCCUCAGAGUUCUGUUUACAGAUUCUUGAUGUAUUUUGAAUGUUCCCAGCCCCUUAUAAGCCUUCCCUAAUUAUCUGAGAAGUCAUGGAUAUGGCAACCAUGACAAAUGAUCCAAACAAAAAAUUGUUAGUGUGGGAGGUUGAAGAAUUGAGGCUGCAGUAAAAAUGACUCCAAGAGAUUUGUAUGGUCUUGCUGAUCAGACUUUUUCGGAGUCUUUGGUAACUAAAGUCAAGCUCUGAUUUGCCUCUCUUUCUUCUUGCCAACCUGUAGUGAGCUAAUUGCCCUUCUAGUCAAGUGGUAGGUAGAGUGGCACAGGGGUGCUUUAACACCUUCCACCAUGUUGUGUAGACCUGGUAUGUGAAUGCAAAACACUUCUUUUUCUCCCCUUUGAGUUGUCUUAGAAGCAAAUUAAUGAAAAUCUUUGGUUUUCCUGUUCCACGAAUGGUAGACUGUAGUGAUUGCAAGGAAUUAGGACUUGGUACAUAUGGCUACCUAUAUCAGUGUCAGGUGGGAUGGAGACAGUAAAUGGUGGAAAUUGUGUCUUAUUUCUGGCAUGAACAGGAUUGUCAGAGGUUUAUGUAAACUACAGAAGUUAUCCCAUUGAUGAAAUCCAAUAACAUAAUUGUAAAAUUGUCUCUGACUUUCCCCUUCCCAUUUGUUGUAUGACAAAAUUCAGGUGGUAAACCUGUUACUACACAUCAGAAGUGUAUAAUUCCUUUCUUCUACAAUAUACAAGAUAUCCAUAAUUGUAUAAUCCCAUUUAAUAAAUGUCACACAACUGUAAAAUAUUCUAUAUGUCCAUGUACUUUCAUACCAAAUACAGGAAGUUUGUAAUGCUGUGGACUGACGCAUCCCACUUUUAAUGUCUAAAUUUGUAAUAUAUUUCACUUGUUUACAUUUCUGAUAUUAAUAUCCUUGUACUCUGCAUCCAAGCAUGAGAUUGCCAUUUGGUUAUCUUUCAGUUUGCUACCAGUCCAGUCAUAUUUCAUAUGUGCAAUAUCUGAGUCAGUAUGGACCAGUGACACUUAAAGAGUGCCAAGACUGUGCAAAGGAAUCUAAAAACAUUCCAUAAAAUACCAGCAAUGGUUAGAUUGCUUCAUUAUAGCUGACAUGUUUGCUGUUCUGCGUAACUGCACAGAACUGCUUCUGGUAUCACAGAUGAAACUACACCAUCAUUCACAGGGUAUAUAGAUGUAGUAUUCUUAAACAGUUCAACAAAAUAUUAAUGGCUGUUUUUCUUUGUAUGAGAUGUCUGAAGGGUGCUACUGAAACAUUUGAAAUAUUCAGUAUUUGAAGUUUAUAAAUCCCUUAGGCAGGGCUCAGGAACCUUCCUGCCCCUCACUUCAGAAUUAAGUGUCCAUUUGUCUAUAAUCCCUCUAAAUUGCAACACUUUAUUUUACACUUCAGUACACUCUCUAACACUACGUGUUUUGACCUCAAACGCCCAUCUUCAGUUGUUUUCUUCACAGGUAUCCAAUUAAGAUUGUGUCAAAACCGCUACACUGUUUCACUAUUCUAAGUCAUUUUAAAAAACCACACGCUGUAGUCUUCUUUUUAAUUAAAAUGAGAUAAAAUUCU